AUGAAUUGUAAAAAUAACCAUGAUGAGUUCAUUAAUAUUAAUAAUGAAGAACAAGAACGUGUGAAUAAAAAUUUUAAAAAUAUAGCUUAUUAUUUUUUGACAAUGAUGUUAAUCUUGUUGAGUGCUAUAGCAUUUAUGGUGAAUGUGUUCGAUAAUAAUAGUGAACAGCUUAAUAAUCUCGAACAAAUUAAUUUGAAUGAUAUUAAACAACAGGAAACUGAAUACGAUGAUAAGGGUGACAUUCAGGCAGCUAAUAACCAAGGGUUUUAUAAAAGUCAGGACCUAUGUGUCAGCGAAAGUUGUGACAAUGGUGAUGUUAUCAGUGAACUUGGUAGUAAUGAUUUGAUCAAUAAUGAUGAGGGUGUAACUCAACUUGAAAAUGCGCUUGAAAAAAGAGCUAGGUCUUGGAAAACUAGUUUUGUCGAUGGUACGGUAUCGAUGUUUUCGUUUAUUGUUAGUUCAGCCGAUGCCUUUUACGCUACAGCCUGUACACCAACAUUCUUAGGAGCAUUAGGAGUAGCAAACCCUGCUGGAGCUGGUGCAACACUAGCUGCUUGCGGUUGGUCUGGCGCAGUACUUGCCGUCAUGAACUGGGCAUCUUACGUAGUAAGUAGCCACAAUGACAACGGUGGAUGGAACUGGGAUUCUGAUAGUGCAAGAGAUAAGAGAUCUUUAGACAUAUUAAGUGAAACUUUUGGUUAUUUUGUUAUUUUGGUUGCCUGA